GCUUUGGUUGUAAAUUGAGGUGGAGUGCAUGUGUUUGUGUGUGUCUGUGUGUGAGCGAGAGGGAGAGAGGGAGAGAGAAAGAGAAAGAGAUGGACUGAGAUAAGUUGUUUGCCAUGAAAGUGGAGGGCAGAGGGUGGUCCCUGUUGAAACAAUAAAAGUCUGCCGAGAAACUCCUCAGAGAGAGAUGCUGAAUUUCAGCGACUAGGAAUACUGUUUGCCCUCCAGAUGCUCUUCUGACAAGAAGUGACAGCCGCUUUAAAGACGAUCGCCCAGGUGCCAGAGGAAAGCAUUAGACCAUUGAAUCCCAGGCAGGCAGUGGCUCCACAGCCAGGCCGCCGCAGAAAGCCCAUGACGGCUCCAAAGACUCAGAAAGACAAGGCGUCUAAGCGGAAGAGGGUGCUGCUAACUGUCCUGACAGUUGUGGUGCUACUGGGCAUACUGGUCACCGCAGCAUAUUUCAUUAAGCAGCUAAUUGAGAGCAAAUACUUCUUCUGUUCGCGCUCAGUCAAGUUCAUCCCAAUAGACAAAGCCUGUGACGGGAAUAAUGACUGUGCAGGAGGAGAGGAUGAAAUUACUUGUUUAUCAAGCUUUACGCUCAACACUACCUUUCCAGUGCGUCUCAUGUCACGUAAGCACGUCCUGCAGGUGUACAGUCCUGGCUCAGGUUGGAGGAGUGUGUGCAGUGACGACUGGACCGAGCAGCACACACAGACGGCGUGUAAUCAACUGGGAUACACGUAUAAACCUCGUAGCAGCAGUGUCCCAGUGGACACUUUAAUAUCUUCCCUGAAAACCGGACCAUUCACAGCCAUCAGACCUGGGACUGCAAACACACCCAUACAUCAGGCUACCAUUGACCGAAGUGUCUGCAGAUCCGGAUCUGUGAUGUCUUUGUCCUGUUCAGACUGUGGACAGGUGGGCUUUCAGGACCGUAUUGUCGGGGGUACAGAUGCUCUCAUCGAGGACUGGCCCUGGCAGGUCAGCCUGCAGCAGGGUGGCCAGCAUACAUGUGGAGGGACACUAGUGUCACCGCGUUGGAUAGUCACUGCUGCCCACUGCUUUACAGGCAGUAAAAAGGAGCUGAGUCGCUGGAGAGUGGUGUCAGGCCGGACAUACAUGGGCACACUGGGAGGUUCCUACGUGGACAGAAUCAUAAUAAAUGGAGACUACAAUCCAUCACGAAACGACUAUGAUAUAGCACUGAUGAGACUCAGCAGCCCGAUUACAGUAGGAGCUUACCGCAGGCCGGUUUGUCUACCUCCUAAAGCCUUUGGCCUUGCUGCUGGAGCUUCCAUGACUGUGACUGGCUGGGGAUACUUGGAGGAAAAUGGCAAGGUUUCUCCUUCACUUCAGAAGGCCAGCAUCCCUCUGAUUAACCGGUCUGUGUGUUCCAGUCCCACAGUCUAUGGCAGUGCCAUAACCCAAACAAUGAUCUGUGCAGGUUUCCUGAAGGGGCAAGUGGAUGCUUGCCAGGGGGACAGUGGGGGUCCUCUGGUGCACUUGAGUUCCUCUAGAUGGUAUCUGGUAGGAGUGGUGAGCUGGGGUGUUGGCUGUGCCCGGGAGAGGAGGCCAGGUGUCUACUGCAACGUGGAAGAGCUGCUCGGCUGGAUUCAUGCAGCCAUUGAGAAAAACCCCUGAGGUCCUUCACCGUGACAAGCAGCCACCACAAGGCUCCAGUCCAGAAUACCUCAGACAAACAAACAAUGAUUUUGUUUCAGUGUGGUUAACUGAAGAUGGGAGACAGAAGGAGAGAAAGAGGAAGUUGAAUAGCUGCAUCUCAACAGCAAAACAGAUGAACUGUUUAACACAGCCAUAAGCAUAAACACUGCGCGUGCACACACACACACAUUUCCUUCAAAGCUAUUACAAGUGUAGUUUGUGCCAUUUCAGGUUUUUAUCUCAGGGUAAAAGUAUAUUUAUUUAGCUGUCUGUUGUUGGCCAGUCUGGGGUUUUCAUAGUGCAAUGCUCAUACAAACAUGUUUUUAGCAAUAACUGUUCAAACUGUUUAAACUGUGACGGUUUUCUAUCUAACCAGACUGGCAGAACUCAGACAUAAUGUACUUGAUGACUAUAUGCUAUGAUUUUUAGAUGUGCAAUGUGUUAUGAGGGUUCAUAUGGUGAGGAAAGGGUGGGUGUCAGACCUGUGGUAUACUAAUGCCAACAGAAGUCAGUGUGAAGCCUCAGGUUAUUAUCACCAAAUCGUUGAAGUGACCAGUCCAGUCAGUUAAAUGCAUUUAUAUUACUGAGUCAGUUGAUCUGAUUUGUAUCCCUUACAGGGAAAAUGCACUUUUUUUUUUUUUUUUUUUUUUUUACAGCACAGACGGUGUGCUUGCCUUUGACCAUGGAAUGGUUGACAUGAGCAAUUUAAGUGGAAAGGGAGAAUUACUUGACCUUACUGUGUGUGCAGAUUGAUAUGUAGUAUAAUAAUGCACUGAAGACUAUAAAAUCCCACUGUUAUGUGUUCAUGGUGCCUCUACACUGUGUCUCAAAGUUCAAUCAGAUAUCCAGUGUGCCUUCAGAAAACUCUCACCAUUGAAUAUUCAGAGUGGUGGAGUUUUUGCCUUCAGAGCUAAAAGGAUAUAAAUGUAACCUCCUAAAGUAAUCAUUCCAUUUGUGGCAAAGUAAAAUACAUCAAACUAGUUUUUUAUCAUCCUCUGCUCCGUAGAGACCAAAACAAGAUAACAAUAAAUUGGCACUUCUGAAUUUUAAAAUGAUGGGUAACGUACUGUGUACUGUAUAUUAUAAAAUAGCUGGAAGUGAGCGGAAAUUCGAGGUGUGGUGAACACAGUAUGGUGAAUGGCACAGCAUUCAACAUUCGACUGUAUAUAUGGUACAUGUUGAUUAUUAUAUGCGUGUAAAUACAUUGUAAAUAUAAUAAAGACGUUUUCCUUUUUCUUG